AUGGCACUCACCUCCCCGGAAUCACCAAAGCCUCUUGAGAUAAUCCUGAUCCCAUAUGUAACUCCAGGCCACUUAGUCCCCCUCUCCGAAAUCGGCUGCCUUUUCGCCUCCAGAAACCAGCAAGUGACCAUCAUCACCACCACCGACACCGCCCCAGUCGUCGAAAAAACAAUCAAACAAUGCAAGUCAUCAGGCCACCCCAUCUCAGUCCAUCCCAUCCCAUUCCCCUACAAAGACGUGGGACUCCCCGAAGGACUCGCCAUGGAACAAGCCAAAGACAUGGAUACCGCGACCAAAUAUUACCACGGCCUAGGCCUUAUGAGGUCCGCCAUGCAGGAUUUCAUGCGCACGCGCCAGCCUGAUUGUAUCAUUGCUGACAAAUUCUUCCCGUGGACCUCCGACUUCGCGGAGACUCUCGACAUCCCGAGGAUUGUUUUUGACCCUUGUUUCAUGUUCGCUAAGGCGGUUCAAGAGGCUUUGCUUAACCCUAAUUCUCCACACCUCCUAGUCAAAUCGGAUUACGAACCCUUUGUUAUUACCGAUUUGCCUCGCCCGAUCACCGCGACACGAUCCAGACUUCCUGCUAAUAAUUAUGCGAAGCUAUUAGCAUUGCAUAGAGAAGCUGAGGUGAAAAGUUUUGGUGUCAUUAUCAACUCAAUGGCCGAGAUGGAAGCGGAAUUUUCGGAGUAUUACGCGAAGAAGGUGGGAUUCAAGGCAUUUCACGUGGGUCCUACUUGUUUGAUACAUGAAAAUGCAGAUGCUAAAAUCGAAAGAAGCCAUGACUCAGUAGUGAGUAAGGAUCAAGUGCUGACCUGGCUUGACUCGAAAAACCCUAGCUCGGUUCUCUACAUUUCAUUCGGAUCCGUGUGCGCAUUGCCUGAUGCGCAGCUCAUGGAGAUAGCAUGCGCCCUCGAGUCUGCCGGCUGUGAUUUCAUCUGGGUCGUUCGCGGCAAGAAUGACGGUGACAAGAACGGUGAUGAUAAUGCCACGUGGCAAUUUAAGAAGGGCAAGAAUGACGGUGACGAGAAUAAUGAUGAUAAUGCCACUUGGCGGUCUAAGUCUAAGGAGGGCAAGAAUGACGGUGACCAGAACCGUGAUGAUAAUGCCACGUGGCCUAAGGAGAGCAAGAAUGAUGGUGAUGAGAACGGUGAUGAUAAUGCCACGUGGCAGCCUAAGGAGUUUAACAAAAACGGCAAGGGUUUGAUUCUGAAAGGGUGGGCCCCGCAGUUGUUGAUAUUACAGCAUCCAUCAACAGGAGGGUUUCUGACACACUGCGGGAGCAACUCGGUGAUGGAAGCGGUUAUCGCGGGGUCCCACUGGUGA